CGCCGCGGCCGCCUCAGUGAGAGAAAGUCCCCCGCCCCGUGCGGACCUGCCGCGCACGCGACCGCGCCGAGCGAGCGACAUGUGCAAGUUCGCGCAAACAUUCCCCACUGUUUAAUAAAUAAAACCUGGAGAUUAUUGCGUAUGAAGUGCUGGAUUUUUUAAGUAACAGUGGAAAAAUAUUCUGAACAAUAAUAAAUAAUUUUAUAGUGCCGAUCGUACUUUGUUUGUUGUGUUUUGUAAACUGUUUGAAACUUUUGGUGAACUCUGACCGGUGGACGGACUAAGUGAGCAGCCCUGGAGCACUCGGUGAUCUCGAUGCAGUGCUACCGGGUGUCGCCCAAGCUGGAGCCGCCGGAGAGCCCGGGGGUCGCGGGGGGCGGCGCGGGGGGCGCGGGAGCGCGGCGCCUGGAGCUGCCGGCGCCCCCGGGCCGCGAGUACCGCGCGCCGCUGCCGCAGCCCGGCCUGUCCGUGAUCCAGUGCAUGCGCCCCCCGCCCCCGCCCCCGCCGCCGCCCCCGCACCUGCAGCACCGCCACCUGAAGCCCCCCGUGUUCGAGGAGCCCUCCAGCUCCAUCCCCGACCUCGAGUUCGACGGCACGACGGUGCUGUGCCGCGUGUGCGGCGACAAGGCCAGCGGCUUCCACUACGGAGUACAUUCCUGCGAGGGGUGCAAGGGCUUCUUCCGCCGCUCCAUACAACAGAAGAUCCAGUACCGGCCCUGCACCAAGAACCAGCAGUGCUCCAUCCUGCGGAUCAACCGCAAUAGGUGCCAAUAUUGCCGCCUCAAGAAAUGCAUCGCCGUGGGCAUGAGCAGAGAUGCGGUGCGGUUCGGGCGCGUGCCGAAGCGCGAGAAGGCGCGCAUCCUGGCGGCCAUGCAGCAGUCGUCGUCGUCGCGCGCGCACGAGCAGGCGGCCGCGGCCGAGCUGGACGACGCGCCGCGCCUGCUGGCCCGCGUGCUGCGCGCGCACCGCGACACCUGCGAGUUCACGCGCGACACCGUGCGCGCCAUGCGGGCGCGCGCGCAGGACUGCCCCACCUACUCGCAGCCCACCCUGGCGUGCCCGCUGAACCCCGCGCCGGAGCUGCAGUCGGAGAAGGAGUUCUCGCAGCGGUUCGCGCACGUGAUCCGCGGCGUCAUCGACUUCGCCGGCCUCAUCCCCGGCUUCCAGCUGCUCACGCAGGACGACAAGUUCACGCUGCUCAAGAGCGGGCUGUUCGACGCGCUGUUCGUGCGCCUCAUCUGCAUGUUCGACGCGCCGCUCAACUCCAUCAUCUGCCUCAACGGGCAGCUCAUGCGCCGCGACUCCAUCCAGAGCGGCGCCAACGCGCGCUUCCUCGUCGACUCCACGUUCAAGUUCGCGGAGCGCAUCAACUCCAUGAACCUCACGGACGCUGAGAUCGGGCUGUUCUGCGCCAUCGUGCUGAUCACGCCCGACCGGCCCGGCCUGCGCAACACGGAGCUGGUGGCGCGCAUGCACCAGCGCCUGCGCGCCUGCCUGCAGACCGUGGUGGCGCAGAACCGCCCCGAGCGGCCCGGCUUCCUGCGCGAGCUCAUGGACACGCUGCCCGACCUGCGCACGCUCAGCACGCUGCACACGGAGAAGCUGGUGGUGUUCCGCACCGAGCACAAGGAGCUGCUGCGCCAGCAGAUGUGGGGCGAGGACGAGGCGGGCGCGUGGGCGGGCGAGGCGGAGGACGCGCGCAGCCCGCUCGGCUCCGUGUCGUCCAGCGAGUCGGGCGAGGCGGGCGCGGAGUGCGGCGCGCCGCUGCUGGCCGCCACGCUGUGCGGCCGCCUGCGCGCGCGCGCCUCCGUGGACGACGACGCGCUGGGCGCCGCGCGCCUGGCGCACGCCGGGCUCACGGCGCCGCCCCGCGCCGCGCCGCCGCGCUACCGCAAGCUGGACUCGCCCACCGACUCCGGCAUCGAGUCCGGCAACGAGAAGCACGAGCGCGCGGCCGGGCCCGGCUCCGGCUGCUCCUCCCCGCGCUCCUCGCUGGAGGAGCCCGCGCCCGCGCCCGCCGACGACAUGCCGGUGCUCAAGCGCGUGCUGCAGGCGCCGCCGCUGUACGACGCCUCCUCGCUCAUGGACGCCGCCUACAAGCCGCACAAGAAGUUCCGCGCGAUGCGGCGCGACACCGGCGAGGCGGAGGCGCGCCCCGCCCCCCCUGCCGCCUGCCCGCACCCCGCCAGCCCGCACCCCGCGCACCCGGCGCACCCCGCGCACCCCGCGCUGUCCCCGCGCCCGCGCUCGCUGUCGUCCACGCACUCCGUGCUCGCCAAGAGCCUCAUGGAGGGCCCGCGCAUGACGCCGGAGCAGCUGAAGCGCACGGACAUGAUCCAGCAGUACAUGCGGCGCGGGGAGGCGCUGGAGGCGCGCCUGGCCCCGCCCUGCUACCGCUCGCCGUCGCCCGCGGCGUCCCCCGCCCCCGCCCCGGCCCCCGCCCCCGCGCCCGCGCUGCUCACGCACCUGCAGGUGGCGGUGGCGGAGUCGCAGCCGCUGAACCUCAGCAAGAAGUCCCCGUCGCCGCCGCGCGCGCCGCCGCCCGUGGAGGCGUGAGGCCGGCGCGCGGAGCCAGCCUCCGCCGAGCGAGCGAGGGAGGACCUACUGUAAAUUUAAUUAGUUAAAAGUAAUCGUUCGCAGAUCGUUUUAAUAUAUUAUAUGUGAUAAUUCGUGUAGGACGGUGUGUGUUUGCGCGGCCGGCGCCGGUCGAGGAGAGCGCAAAUAGACUGAGAUAUUAUUUAAGACUAUAAGUUUAAUUAAUUUAUAUGAAAAUGCAGCGUCGGUCGCGGUGUGUCUGUGUGUAGUAUGUGGAGCUGCUCAGUCAGUAUGUGCGUAUGUGAGCGUGCUCAGUCAUUUGUUUGUUAAUAUAAUGACAGGUUGUCGAAUUAAAAUAAAACAGUCUUAUGAAAAAAUUA